UAAUUUUAUUAUUACUGUAAGGUAUUUUCCACUGUUAAUCAAAUUUCAUAUAGUUAAUGUUCCUGCAUUGGAACCUGUUUAGGAUCGUGUUCAGGUUCAAAAGAGGGUUUAAAUUUUGACACGGAAGUUUCGCUUUGUUUGGGACCACGCCACGUUGAAAACCCCCACCCACGUGAAGUACCUAAUUCGGAUACUCUGUACGGCGCAGUCAGUAAAUGAACAAGACUGAGUCAAGGCGGUUAAAUUUCGUCGCCGGCCGACUGAUUCAUCGCAGAGACACAGGAGACAAAAGAUUUAGCAUCCACAACCGUCAACUUUAUGGCGAAUCAAUGUGAAAAGUGUUGCAGUGGAUUAUUAAUUAAAUUAAUAGAAUUGUGAGCAGAGAAAGACUUCGGGAAUAUUCGUUAACUUUAUACAAAAAGAAUGGCGGACUUCUCCGAUCACUUCCGAGUUGAACCGAAGUUGCCUUGUAAAACCUUCAUGCUUCGCGCGAGCUAACAAAAUUAAAAUAUUUCAUUUAUGUAUAUUACGUAUAUUACUUUUUGACGCCUCUUGACAAACAGAUUUCUACAUCGACUCAGUAAUUGGCCCAUAUAAAAUUAUACUAUUUAUAAAGGAAAUAACGAAAGGUUGAUCCACAACAAAUAGGAUCAAAAAUUUUAUCGUAAUGAAUGCGGCAACAUCAGUCGUGAAUAACUUGCCGAAGGAAAAUCCACCCGAUGAUGUGCAGAAGUUAGUAGAAGCUCUUCAUGAUGCUUCGAAACAUAUGACAACAAACGUCAAAUAUGAAGAUGCUGCUGUUUGCUUAGGAAGCACUGGAUCUGGCAAAAGCACCUUAAUAAAUGCCCUCAUUGGUAACCGUUUGAAAGUUGAAGGAAAUGAAAGAGGCAGAGCCAUUGAGAUAUCUUCAGCUGAUGGUCAAUCAUCAGGACCUCAAAUGGGAAUCGCUUCUACAGUUCCCUCAAGGUGGAGGUCAAAUACUUUUCCUUCCAUGAGUAUCUGGGAUGCUCCUGGCUUCGAUGACUUAGGAGGUGCUUCGCGGGAUGUAGUUAAUGCUUCCUAUAUUUUCCACUUAAUCCGAAAAGUUAAGUCGUUAAAAAUUAUCCUAGUUGUAGAUAUUAAUCACAUUCUAAAUGAUAAUGUCAAACCAUUUUUGUCUCUUUUAAAUGCACUUGAAAAUCUGUUGGGGGAUCAAAUGAAAUCCAUGUUUUCUAGCAUCUCCGUUGUUUUUUCAAAGGUGCCCGAUUUUAUAAAUGAUAUUCCAGUUAAUAUCGAAUUUAUUACCAAGACAUUAAGAGAACAGUUUUUAACGACCGAGGACUUGCUCUUAACUCCGUCGACGAAAGAUUUUUUACUCUAUUUAACAAAAAAUGUGGAUCGCGUCGCUCUUUUUAAAAGAUUGGAACCAGGCGAAAAUAUCUUUGUAGCAACUGAUAAUAUUCGUCAAGUUAUUAAUAAUUCCACAAGCUUAAAUAAUGACGCUCUAAAGACACUGAAAAUAUGUAUUCCCAAUUCUUCCAAGAUUUUUCUAUUUAAUGCGCGUUCAGUAUUAAUUUCAAAAGAAGAAUUUAUUGCAUUAGGAAACAUGUUGCGUUUCGUAUGUCAGUCAAAGAUUCAUGAUCUAAAGAAUAUAAUAAAUACGAUGUCGAACGAAUGUGAAAUACAAACUUAUCUGAACGAUUUAAAGUUAAUCGAAAAACGAAUUUCUAUCAUAAUUAAAGAAAACAAUUUCACACUGAAAAUUAAACUUCUAAAAUCCAUUGAUGUUUCAAUUGGAAACAAAAUUGAAGAACAUAGAUUGCUGGAGAGAGCUCCUUUAAUUGAGUUCAGUGACAAAAUCUUAGAAAUGAAUGAAUACGAUGAACUUUCAUUAAAUCUGAAUUCAAUUCUAUGUAAUGCAUCUUCGAAUGUAAAAAAAGAUAUUUUAUUUUAUGAUUUUACAUUAAAGACGAUAAUAAAUAAAGAAUAUGACGACUUGAUAAAUGAAGAACAUGAAGAGUAUAAAAAUAGAUUUUAUGAUUGUGAAAUGGAAUUAAAAAAAGUAAUAAGCAAAAAUAAUGAAAGAAGACAUUUCUUUGAGAAUUUAGAUACAAACAAAAUAGAUUUGUUUUCUGAAUCAGAUCUAGAUAAUUUACUAACGAAACAAAAUGAAAUCGAAGAAUUUGACAGAGGGGUUCAUCAAGUAAAUGAGGAAUUGCAAAAUGUAGUAGUAGAACCUAAUCCUAAUGAUAAAGCAUCUGUGGCCCAACCUCGUUCGAAGGCAUUACAAAUAGUGUUUAAAAUUGGAAAAUUUGCUUUUACUUGUAUAAUUUGUAUUAUAGCAGGAGUUUUUAUUAGGUACAUAAUUCGUAACUACAUUUUCAAAUAAUUUCAUUUAAAAAAUAAAAGUUUCACUUUUAUAAUCAUUGAUGAGUUUUUCAUUGAAUUUUCGUUGAUUAUCAAAACAGUUUUAUUUCAAAUAUGUAUAGUAAACUAUAAAAAUAAAUUUAUUUAAAUAUAAUAUAAAUAAAUUUAUAAUAUACCAAAAUUAUUAUAAAUGUAAAACCAGAAAAUAUAUCUAAAAAGAAUUAUUGAUAAUCUUUUUUUUUCGUGUUCCUUAUGGUCUGACAAAAACUAUUAUACCAAUCAUGUUUACAAAAAAAAAUUUCUUAUUCGUUAAGAAAAUUUGCAAAUAAACAAGUAAGAAUACAACAGUAUAGUCGGCCACCUGAAACAAUAUUUUUAAUUAAUACUGUUUAAAAAAUGCAAUUUAUAUAUUUUUUCAAAUUCAUUCAGGUGAUAUUGUUCUUUACGUUCACACAAAACUAUUAAACCAAUCAUUUUUAUGAAAAAAAAUGUUUAUUUGUUAAACAAAUUAGUAAAUAAAAAAGUAGAUUUUAUGAUUGUGAAAAAGGAUUUAAAAAAGUAAAAAGCAAAAAUAGUAAAUGAAAAGUUUUCUUUAAGAAUUUAGAUACGAAAAAAAUUUUCCACAUAUUUCCGACCGCAUCUGACAUUUAACAGAAAAUGUGAACCUCAUCGCUUUUUUUUAAGAGAAUGGAAUCAUGUGUUCAUUUUCCUGUAUUAAGUCCUAGUAAAAUUUGACAAUAUUCGAAUGAAAAAUUUGGAGGUUUUUUAAAAAGUUGUAUUUUAAAAUUAUUUGUGUGUAAACUUUAUCAGUAAAUAUAAUAUAGUUUCUAUAUUUUUUGUCUA